AUGAGUAAAUGCUCACCUGAGGUUGUUCCUGUACAGAAAGGUGAUAAAUUUAAUCUCAUGCAAAGUCCAAAGAAUGAUGUUGAAUGGAAAGAGAUGGAAUCAAUUCCAUAUGUCUCUGUUGUGGGCAGCUUAAUGUAUGCUCAAACAUGUACUCGGCCGGAUAUCAGUUUUGCGGUUGGGAUGUUGGGAAGAUAUCAAAGUAAUCCAGGAAUGGAACAUCGGAAAGCUGCAAAGAAAGUUUUAAGAUACCUUCAAGGCACGAAGGAUCACAUGCUCAUAUACAAAAGGUCCAAUGAAUUAGAAGUAAUUGGAUAUACUGAUUCAGAUUUUAGUGGAUGUCUUGAUAGUAGAAAGUCAACCUUUGGCUACUUGUUUAUGUUUGCUCAAGGAGCCAUAUCAUGGAAAAGUGCGAAACAGACUAUCAUGGCUUCAUCCACUAUGGAGGCAGAAUUUGUGGCAUGUUUUGAAGCCACAACUCAUGCAUUAUGGCUUCUGAACUUUAUUUCAGAGCUUGUGGUUGUCGACACCAUUAGCAGGCCGCUGGAAAUUUACUGUGAUAAUUCUGCAGCAGUAUUCUUCUCUAAGAACGAAAGAUACUCUAAAGGUGCCAAACGUAUAGAGUUAAAGUUUUUUUCCGUUAAAGAGGAGGUUCAGAAACAAAGAGUGUCAAUUAUACACAUCAGAACUGAACACAUGAUGACAGACCCCUUGACGAAAGGGUUACAACCAAAGCUAUUUAAAGAACAUGUUGAAAGUAUAGGCCCUGGUUGUAUUAAAGAUUAUUGA